AUUUCUGCUGCAUUUGGUAAGAGUUUGAAGAGAUACAGUACUUACUCUGUAAUAGAAAAACAGAGUGUUUUCCUCUCUUGUAGGAUAAACAACCUUGUAGUGAAAGUAGAUGUAGCUACUGUACUUGAUAAGAAUUCGUCCACCAGAAUAAACAGCAGCAUUAGUUGUUUCCAUCAGCUUCCUCUAUUCUCUCACCAUACUGUAGACCUCUCGAGUGAUUCAUCCAUUCCAGUAGCAGUGGACUGGUACCUCUCGCAUGCGGCAUCAGCGCUCUGACGACAUAACUGAAGCUAUGCUGCCGAGAACUAGCUGGUGCUUCUGGAAUCUGGACCUUGUACCGCAUCGCGCUGGGCGUGGCGCGUGCGACGAGUGCGAAUGCGCGAUCUUGCACCUGCACGAGGACUGACGCCCAUGCGCAUUCGCUUCAGAUCACAAGGCAUCAACCCCCGGGACUGGGAGCUGAAACCGGCAGGACGGCGCGCGAGCUGUGCACUGGACAAUUUGGAUCAUACUGUAAAUUUUUGACAAGACCGCAGGUGCGUGCAGGGCAGCUCCUGGGCGCGCACCGUGCAGCUGGCCGUGUCGAUUAUACUAGUCCUCCAGUUAACCGAUUAACCGACUAACCGCUCCUCGUACUCUGGAUAUGGAAACCCAACCGACUCCUUAAAACCCACCCCACUUCUAACGGCUAAGUGCUAACACCAAGACUCCGGCGGCCGGCGGAUGCCAAUUUCCCGCAGCCGGUCGACAACCCACAUCUCCUAGGAGUAGCAUAUAUACCCCACCCGCGCCGCGAGACGCUAUUCUUCCAUCUCUUCUUCGGCCUUCUGCCAAUUCGAUCAUCUUCUUGCCAUGAUGGAGAAGCCUGAGGAGCAGGAGACGGGGGCGAGGAAGCGGAAGGCGAGCAAGGACAUGGACGGGGGGCUAGGGAAGCGGAAUCCGAGCAAGAACAUGGAGGGGAGGACAGGGAAGAUGAGCAAGACGCCGCCUACAUCAGUAAGGGACCUCCCAUCAGAGAUCAUCGUCUCGGUGUUCAUGUUGCUCCCCGGCAAGUACGACCGUGUACGGAUGUCAGUUGCCUGCAAAAGCUGGAGGGCACUGUAUCUUCAAAAUCUUGGAAUGAUACCACCAGAACUGCCGUGGCUAGUCUUGCCAUCAACCACCAAACCCAUGGUUCAUAUGACCUGUGGUCCGUUCAAUUACAAGCUUGAUCUUCCAGCACCUAUCAAAGAUGAUGCAGAAUUCUGUGGGUCGCAUGAGGGAGGUUGGGCUGCCCUGGCCAUGAACACUGGAGAGAAUGUUCUUUACAACUUCAACAGUAAGGAAACAUUGCCAAUGCCAACCACAAUGCUUUUGGAGGAAGAUCUGGUGGUUCAGGCAAUAUUGAAGAUGGCUUCUUUUUCUGCUCCCCCUCUUCCAGAUCCAGCCCAAUGUGUGGUCGCUGCAGGUCUCGCCAUCACUGAGCCAGAUUCCAUUCACUUUGCUUAUUGGCAGUAUGGUGUGGGUGCUCACUGGACCCGUGUUAGUCUUGGUAGCAGGGAUGGUCUCAGCUCGCCUAUGGUCGACAUCGUAUACCACACCCAGCGUGGUUGUUUCGUAUGUCUCACAGAUGACCAAAACUUGCAUUUUCUUAAGCCGAGGUUGGGUGAUGAUGGCAUUACAGUAAUGGAGUACAGGUUCCUCAAGGUUAGUCUUGCCCAGUCCGGCAGUGAGAUGUCGAUGAUGACGAACUUUCUACAAUACAUGAACCUAGGGACCCUAUCUGGACAGUACAUUGCGCAGUCCGGGAAUGAGAUCUGGUUCAUCUCGAAAUAUCUGGACAGUUUUGGCAACGGCAACAGAACAAGGUGGUUGCGUGUGAAGAGGCUAGAGGAGCAUGGUACCAGUAAAGAGGAUACGCCGUACUGGUCUGUUGUGUGCGAGUUGCCGGGGAGGGUGCUGUUCACAGGACUUGCCUCUUCAAGGGUCUUCCAGAGGGACGACGACUUCAGUGAUCACGCAGUGUUUCUUGAUGACAGAGGCAUCCGAGUUCCAGGGCUACUGGAGGUGAUGUUCGAGCGCACCGACUCCGGAAUGUUCUCCGUGAAGUACUCCAGGGCAAAGCCGUGGCCACCUGCCGGCGGGGAAGAAGUUGCACAUGUGUCCAACAAGUGUCCACCAACCUGGUGGCUCCACUGAUAAGCAUUUCAACAGCACAACUUGUAAACGCUCCUGAACUAGAAUAGCUUUUAGAUACUUCUAUCCCCUGUGCCAUUCAUUGUUUCUCGGUCAUGGGCGAUCAGCCGCCGUUGCUUGUAGGCGAUAACGAGGAGUAAUCGCUAGGUGCAUGGCUGGGCUAGAGCCGAUCUAUUGUUGUAUGCCGAACGGUGCGGUGUUGUAAAGGCUCCUGAAUUGGAAUUACUUGAAAUACUUCCAUUCCUUUUACAGUUCGUUGUUGAUUUGUUGGUGUCCUUGUAAAAGCUCCCGAAUUGGGAUGCAAUAACUCUAGUAUUCUCCAGAGAUAAGAUUCAAUUUUUUAAA